CCGCAGUCUCUGGUCAUCCCUGUACUGUGUCCGCAGUCUCUGGUCAUCCCUGUACUGUGUCCGCAGUCUCUGGUCAUCCCUGUACUGUGUCCGCAGUCUCUGGUCAUCCCUGUACUGUGUCCGCAGUCUCUGGUCAUCUCCUGUACUGUGUCCGCAGUCUCUGGUCAUCUCCUGUACUGUGUCCGCAGUCUCUGGUCAUCCCUGUACUGUGUCCGCAGUCUCUGGUCAUCCCUGUACUGUGUCCGCAGUCUCUGGUCAUCCCUUUUCUGGAAAAUGACAAAAACAUUUUUUUUUUUUUUUUUUAAAGAUUUAUUUCUUGCACAAGCCAUGGGU